AUGCCCUCCUGGGCCCUCUUGGCGGUCAUCUCCUACCUCCUCCCGGCCCCCCAAAACCUGGCACAAGUCACCAGCCAAGAUGCCUCCUUGCUGGCCUCGGACUCAGAGUCCCUGAACUGUUUCUCUCGAACAUUUGAGGACCUCACUUGCUUCUGGGAUGAGGAAGAGGGAGCAUCCAGUGAAAUGUAUCAGCUGCUCUAUGCCUACCCGGGGGAGCAGCCCCGCACCUGCCCCCUGAGUUCCCAGCAAGUGAUGCCCUUUAGAACCCGAUACGUGUGCCAGUUUCCAGCCCAGGCUGAAGUUCGCCUCUUCUCUCAACUGCACCUCUGGGUGAAGAAUGUGUUUCUGAACCAGAAUCUGACCCAGCGGGUGCUCUCUGUGGAUGCUGUGGGCCUGCCAACUCCCCCCAGUCUCAUCAAGGCCAUGGGUGGGAGCCAGCCAGGGGAACUUCAGAUCAGCUGGGAGGCCCCAGCUCCUGAAAUCAAUGAAUUUCUGAGGCAUGAACUCCGCUAUGGCCCCAAGGACCCCAGGAACUCCACUGGCCCCACAGUCACACAGCUGCUGUCCGCAGAGACCUGCUGCCCAGCUCGGCGGAGACCAAACCUAGCCGCAACCCUGGACCAGUCUCCAUGUGCACAGCCCAUGAUGCCUCAACAGAUGGGACCAGAGCAGACCUCCCCAACUAGAGAAGCUCCAUCUCUGACAAUGAAGGGUGGCAGCUGCCUCAUCUCAGGACUCCAGCCUGGUAACUCCUACUGGCUCCAGCUACGCAGCCAACCUGACGGAGUCUCUCUCCGUGGUUCCUGGGGAUCUUGGUCCCUCCCUGUGACUGUGGACCUGCCUGGCAACGCAGGGGAAAUUGGACUACAAUGCUUUACCUUGGACCUGAUGAAUGUUACCUGUCAGUGGCAACAACUGGACCAUGCCAGCUCCCGAGGCUUCUUCUACCACAGCGGGGCACAGUGCUGUCCCAGAGACAGGAACCCCGUCUGGGAGAAGUGUGAAGAGGAGAAAAACGCGGGAUCACAGUCCUCCCAGUUCUCCCGCUGUCACUUCAAGUCACAAAAUGACAGUGCUAUUCACAUCCUUGUGGAGGUGACCACAGCCCAGGGUGCUGUUCACAGCUACCUGGGCUCCCCUUUCUGGAUCCAUCAGGCUGUGCUCAUCCCCACUCCAAACUUGCACUGGAGGGAGGUCUCCAGUGGGCAGCUGGAAUUGGAAUGGCAGCAUCCAUCAGCCUGGGCAGCCCAAGAGACCUGCUAUCAGCUCCGAUACACAGGAGAAGGCCAUCAGGACUGGAAGGUGCUGGAGCCACCUCUUGGAGCCCAGGGAGAGACCUUGGAGCUGCGCCCGCGCUCCCGCUACCGCGUACAGCUGCGCGCCAGGCUCCACGGCCCCACCUUCCAAGGUCCCUGGAGCUCCUGGUCCGACCCAGUGAGGGUGGAGACGGCCUCCGAGACGGUCUGGAUCUUCCUGGUGACUGCUCUGCUGCUGGUCCUGGGCGUCAGCGCCCUCCUGGGCCUGCUGCUGCUGAGGUGGCAAUUUCCUGCGCACUACAGGAGCCUGAGGCAUGCUCUGUGGCCCUCACUUCCAGACCUACACCGGGUCCUUGGCCAGUACCUUAGGGAUACUGCAGCCCUGAGUCCGCCCAAGGCUGCAGUCUCAGAUGUCUAUGAGGAAGUGGAACCCAGCCUCCUUGAAAUUCUACCUAGAUCCUCAGAGAAGGCUCCCUUGCCCCUGUGUUCCUCCCAGGCCCAGUUGGACUACCGAGGAUUGCAGCCUUCUUGCCUGGGGACCAUGCCCCUGUCUGUGUGCCCACCAGUGGCUGAGCCAGGGUCCUACUGUACCACUCACAUUGCCAACCAUUCCUACUUACCACUCAGCUGCUGGCAGGUCCCUCGCUCCCAGUACCCUGGACAGAUCCAAACUCUCUAG